GGUGAAACAGCCCGUGAGGGAAAGACGUGUUUGUUUUGUGCCCGUUAAAUCCACGCGGUGUCUGGAUAUUGGUUCAUUCCCGGCAAUGGCGAUGAUAGGAUGACUCCGGUGAUAUAUAAUGACGGGGGAAUAAGCGCUGCCGUGUGGGUCGCGGAUUGUUUAUUGACAUUGGCAGCUGUUUUGCCCUAUCGGGAAGCUCCAGUGCUAGCCAGCUCGCCACAGACUCGUAAUUUGACUAGCAAUGUCCCACUGGGGGCAUCUGUUUUCAUGGCUGGUUGUUUCCUGCCUGCUGGGACACAGCCUUCAGGAAGCGGGACAUCAUCAGUCUUACCAGCAGCCUGAGACCCCUGACUGGAGGAUGACCCUGAAGACCAUCAGGAACGGGGUGCAUAAAAUUGACAUGUACCUGAACGCUGCCCUGGACCUCCUGGGAGGAGAGGAUGGGCUCUGCCAGUUUAAAUGCAGAGAUGGAUCCAGGCCAGUUCCACGCUACGGCUACAAACCCUCCCCUCCAAACGGAUGUGGUUCUCCCAUAUUCGGUGUCCACUUUGAUAUAGGCAUUCCCUCGAUGACCAAGUGCUGCAAUCAGCACGAUCGCUGCUACGAUACCUGCGGAAAGCUGAAGAAUGAGUGCGAUGAGCAGUUUCAGAGCUGCCUCUCGAAAAUUUGCAGGGACGUGCAGAAAACUCUGGGCAUUUCUGAAAGUGUUCAAGCGUGCGAAACGACCGUGGCGCUCCUGUUCGAAGCCGUCAUACACUUGGGCUGUAAGCCAUACAUGGAAAGUCAAAGAGCGGCCUGUUUCUGCCAAUACGAAGAGAAAAUUGACUUGUGAAUCUGAGCUAUCAUUCUGACAAAACCAACGUGCCAUAUUUGUAAAGACUGUUUUAUAACAAAUCUAUUAAAUAUUAUUUAAACAAUGAAGGAAAAUCCUAAUAUAAUUAAUGCAAAAAAUACAGAUAAUUUAUUUUGAGAUAAUUCUAUUUAAAUUUAAUAUUUUUCUAUUUUUGUAGUAUGAGAUUGUAUUGAAUAGUGAGAAAUUAAUGUUAUUAUUAAUUCAACCAUUGCUGCUAGUGUAGUGUUUACAAUAUACUAUAUGUAAAGGGAAUGUUCUGCUGUUCCAGCGGAGCGCAAUAGUUGUUAUUUUUCUGAGGGUUGCAAAUAAAAAUACAGCGCUGGUUGAAAUUGAAAUGUAUUUGGUCACAAGGAACUACUGUAAUAAAAUGAGACAAUCUAACCCUUCUGGGGUCAAAUAACAUCAUUAAUAGCCAGUAGACAUUAAGAAGUACUCCAGAAUACCUGCAGAAUUAUCUACAGAAUGUCACGUAUAAACUCUUGGAGGAUACCAAAAGCUGCAACGUAUUAAACAAACCCACGCUUUUUUAUGUGGGUAUAAAUUUGGACUUUAUUAUUAUUAUUUUUAUUGCCGCUGUUAAAUUCAUACAUUUUAUAGUAAUCAUCCAUCAUCAAAUGCUAAAGUGUAAAUCAUUUGUAUAUUAUCUGAUUUAAUCACUAAAAUGUCAUUUCAGCACAUGGAUGUACGUGAUCUAAUGGGAAAAAAUAAUAUGGCAAGCUUUCUAAUGCCUCAUGCAGGGCGGACCCCCAUAAUGUUUUUCUUGUGUAAAGGGCUGUGUUCCUGUAUAAUGCCUGAUUAAUAAUUCAUGGAAGUCUCUGGUAACCUUUCAUUAUAUGUAACCAGUUGUACACUGGGCCACUGCUUCGAGUAAUGGGAUAGGAAAUUAAUAAAUUGCUAAAAACAUGCUUAUUCUC